UAUUGAUCCUGUACGGUAUACGAAGACAGUAAAUCUGCCUCAAAACACCUCGAAUGUGCUUGCGUGAAGGUCUGUUUCCUAAUUUGCAUAUAAAGCGAAGACGAUUGAGCUUCAGAAUUUUGCGUACCUCACCAUCGAUUCCAGACUUUGUGAUCAUCUUCUCAGGCUACAGCGUGUAUCUUGAUCAAGGAUUCAGGAGGAUUGACCUUUCCCGGUUCGUGACAGGAGACAGCUCGACGCCUCUGCAUCGUUCUCCAUCUCUUCUUCGAACAACAAAGCAUCUCCAUCUCGCUUCCGGCACAGGCAAAGCAAAGCGCGCGGUGUGAUGCAUGUCAAGCGCCUGCGAUAAGGACGAACUUGUUGGUGGAGACGCCGAAUCAUGCGAAAUCUGCCGUUUUCCGCCUCUCGCAUUGACCCCAUCACAGAUGAAACCGCCCACAUGCUCGCGACCGUUUCAACCCAGGUCUUUGGGCGCUUCGACCAGAUGAAA